AUGAAUUCCAAUUACGGAAAAUCAAAUCCCCAAAAAUCAUCACCUUCCGUUUCUCUCAACAACUUCAAUUUCGAUCUUGAUCUCGGCAUCGGAUCCAAUCGAUCCAAAUCCCUAAAAGAUCAGAAAAACCCCAAUCCUUCCCAUUCCAAUUCCUAUUCAACUCCUUCAUAUUCAUCGGCGCAACCCAAAAAAACCGCAUGGACCCACCAACCCACUCAAACUCCGGCCGGGUUACCCGGUGCACCGCCGUCCAUGGUUGGAGACAUCUUCGGUAAGAGCUGGGGAUCUACUCAACCUUCUGGUCCUAGCAUUGGAAUCGUUAAUAAAAACCCUAAUCUAUUUGGGGAUUUGGUAACUUCUGCUUUGGGUCAAGGUUCCUCUUCUUCGAAUGUUCCUCUGAAAAACGCUACUCCAGUGUCUAAUAAAUCUUCUUUUUCAAUGUCAAACAUGGCGAGUUCUUUGCCGAAAAAUUCUAAUACGCCGCAAAGUGGUUCUACUUGGGGAUCAUCGUCUUCUGGGAGCUUUAAUUUGAAUGCUAAUCAAAAACCCAAUCUUGGCGUUGGUGUUGCUGCAUCUGGUAGUAGAAUUGGAAUUGGAAUUGGAACUGGAACUGGAACUGGAAUCAGUUCUAGUAACAAAGAUCCUUUUAGUUCAUUGGGUAGUUUUGGAUCUAAGACAUCUUCUAGUCUUAAUUCAGCUGCUAAACCUCAAAAGGUUGAUUCAGAAGAUGAUGGGUUUGGUGAUUUUCAGAAUGCUUCAAAACCAAGCUCUAAUGCGUUUCCAUCAAGUGGUGGUAGUGUUGGAAUUGAUGUUGAUUUUACUGGAUCUUCGGCUUUUUCGAAUAGGAGUCCUCCUGUUCAAGCUUCUUCAGGUGGUGGUGAUCCGAUGGAUAUGUUUUUCUCAUCUUCAACUGCUUCUUCUGGAGGUGGUGGUGCUACUGCUUCUGCUGCGGCAUCUUCGGAAAUUGAUGAUUGGGGUACUGAGUUUGGAGGUGGAAACCAUGAUGUGGGUGGAACAACUACUGAACUUGACGGGCUUCCACCUCCUCCUGCUGGGAUAUCGGGUUCUACAGCUAAAAGCAAAGGGAUGGAUAAUUACAAACAGGGACAAUUUGCUGAUGCUAUUAAAUGGCUUUCAUGGGCUCUUAUCCUUCUAGAGAAAGCUGGAGAUGGUGCUGGCACGGUGGAGGUUUUGUCAUGCAGAGCUUCUUGUUACAAAGAAGUUGGAGAGUAUAAAAAAGCAGUGGCGGAUUGUACACAGGUUAUUGGAAACAAUGGAAAAAAUGUAGCUGUCCUCGUGCAGCGUGCUCUCUUGUAUGAAAGUAUGGAAAAGUACAAACUUGGUGCUGAAGACCUGAGAACCGUGUUGAAGAUUGAUCCUACUAAUAGGGUUGCUAGAAGUACUGUUCACCGGCUGGCUAAGAUGGCUGAAUAG